AGAUAGAUAUAUUCUUUAUUUGACUAUUUUACAAUACAAAUAUGUAACACUAAAUGCAAAAAAGUAUAUGAUUAUAUGAAGUAUCAGUAAAUAUACAAACACAAUACAUACAUACAAAAUCAAACAGGAAUCAAACAUGAACAAUUGCUUUUACCUUUUGUUCUAUUCCGCUACAGAAUAAAAACAAUGCUCAAAAAAGGAUUUUGGUCUUUGAAAGUUUUAAAUCACAAAGCUUAGGUCAAGAGAAUUUUUUAAGUUUUUAGUGUAUUUAAAUUUCCUAGCUCGAAGCAAAUGAUUAUCUGAGUGGAGUGCUAAUAGACUUUUUGUAUGGAAUCUGUUGAUUUUUACCACAUUAUAACAGCAUAUGCCAAAAUUAAAUGAAAACAAUUCAUAAUAGCUGGAGAUUAUACGCUAUUUAAAAAAAUUAAUUUUGUAGUUGACACUGGAGAGAUGCUUCAAUAAAAGCAAUAUGGUUCUACCAAGAAAGCCAAAACCGAAAGAUUUAUAUUUCUUGAAAACAUUGACGAGUGAGUUUUAUUAUCAUUUAAUUUGAUUGGCUGUAAAUCACUAACUAAUAACUUGUUUUGCCAACUGUGUUUUUCAUUUGAUAGUUACUAUAUUCCAUUUUGAUGGUUUAAAUGUAGAGUGAUCUGCAAAAAAUUGACUGCAUAAACACUGACCAGAUCGUGCUCUACAAUUUUGAUGAAACGUUCUUCUACUUUUAAACUUCGACAUGACUUUUUGGUAAAUACGAAAAUUUCUACGAGAGUUCCUUUUUAGUCAAUUGAUACCACAUACAAAAAAAAAUCCAAAAUUUCAACAAAACCUAAUAUACUAAUUUGUCAACUUUCCAUCAUUAAUUGAAAUCAGAAAUAUCAAAAAUCCCGACUGCACGAAAUCAAUUGCGACUAGUUUAAUAUUGUUAAUUUAUUAUAUUUGUUAAGACUCGGUACCGGCAUUUUUUGUUUCGAGGUAGUUUGUAAAAAAAUAUGUGCGCCUCUGAUGUUCAUUCGUCAACGUUCUUACGCCCUAAUAACAGAGAGAAAAUAAAUAGCACAAAAUUUAAACCAGGGCCCUUUAAUCAAAAGCGUCUGUGGGAGUGUCGCCUUACAUUGUCUUCUGAAAUAGUUAUGAAGCUUACCGCAAGGAUGCGUGAUUUUGUCCGACCGAUUUCACAGUCGUUACUAUUCUGUGGACUUUAUUUAGUAGCAAAGAAAGAAGAGAAACUGGCACACAGAAAAUAUCGUGAAAAUAUUGUGAUUACAUAAAAUCCUAUCAAAACUGACCAAAACUUACUCUAGUGUGAGGGGUAAUCGCAUCGUUUGUUACUACUAAAUAAUGUCAAAAGAGUAGAUCCUGUCGAAGCAGAUCCCAAUCGAUCGCAAGCGAUCUUCUGGGAGAAAUUAAAGAAGAAAUUAACGCGGGAGAGCCAAAAUACGAACUAAAAGUGUCUGACGUUAUGGGAAGGUACCUGGUUGCAAAACAAGACAUCAAGCCCAAUGAAGUGAUCAUAUCAGAAGAACCUUUAGUUGUCGGACCUUGCAACAGCAGCAAAAUUCAGUGCCUGGCAUGUUACAAAACAUUAGGCAGCAAAUUCCAUAGGUGUCCGGGAUGUGGGUGGCCCUUAUGUUCAACAAAUUGCGAAGGACUUGGAAAACAACACGGCCACACCAAAAUCGAAUGUACUCUACUAGAAGAAUGCAGGUCCGUCUCCUAUCUUGAUUAUGAUAACGCUGAGAAUUUGAGUACCAGUUUUCACGCCAUAGUUCCUUUGAGGUGUCUUAUUCUUAAAACAACGGAUCCAAGUUCGUUUGCGGCAUUGAUGGACAUGGAGAGCCAUAACGAAAUUCGAAGAGGAAUUCCAGACUUAUGGGCCCUUAACCAGACGAGAGUGGUAGACAAAAUAAUUCGAACAUGGAAACUAACGGAAUUUACUGAAGACGAAAUUCACACCAUAUGCGGAAUAUUGGAGGUGAACGCCUUCGAAAUUGGUCAUCAGGACGUUCAGCUACGCGGUCUCUAUCCUACGGCGUUUCUAUUGUCGCACGACUGUGUUCCAAAUACUAAUCAUACUGAUCAAGAAGGUACCUUCAACCUAACAAUCAGAGCAUCAACAGCAAUUGCCGAAGGUGAGCCGAUCACAUUAAGUUACAGUUACACCCUGCAGAGCUCGCAAAGACGUAGGGAACAUAUUUUGGAAAACAAAUUCUUCGAAUGCUGUUGCAAGAGGUGUCGCGAUCCAACAGAGUUAAGAACCUACUUGGGGGCACUAAUCUGCCCUAAGUGUAGCAACGGUCUCGUCUUAUGCGAUAAUCCGCUAAACUUUGAGUCUGCUUCGAGUUGCACGAGCCCUAGAAGCACGUGCCCCGGUUACAGAGUUCCAUUUGAAUCUGUUAAAUUGUUACUAAACAGAGUUUCUCACGAAGUGGAAGAAAUAGACACCAACGACAUUCGAUCCAUGGAGCUGUUUCUGCAAAAGUAUCGGAAUGUUCUCCAUCCCAACCAUUACCUUUGCCUGGGCAUUAAGAUAUCUCUGAGUCAGUUAUACGGCCGCAUCAAAGGUUACCUGAUCCACGAAUUAAGUGAGGAACAGCUGGAGAGGAAAAGGGACCUCUGCGAAGAGGUGUUGAAGAUAUUUAAUGUUUUAGAGCCUGGAUACACACGAAUCCGAGGGGUAACUCUCUACGAAAUACACGCACCAGUGAUGAUACUGCUCAACAGGGAAAUUGAAUCCAAUUCAAUGUCCAAGGGUCAGAUUAAAGCGGUGCUGAAGAAGGUAGUUGACUAUUUAUCUGAAGCCCAGAUUAUUUUGAAGAAUGAGCCCGAAAAUUCCGCGGAGGGUAUAAUGGGUAGAGCGACAAGAGAUGCUCUAAUGCAAAUCAAAGAGUGGGAAAAAAUAGUUGGGAAAAUCAGAUGAUACCCUCCAGAAUAAUUCUAUCCUGCUAAACAAAUAAAUAGUACUUAUUAAACUUGUCUUACACUUUUUGAUUUGAUAUAGUAUAAGUAAAAUAUUGUAGAAACAAUAGCACACGAGUUUCUUGAAAU